AUGUCUGGCUGUAUUUUUUGCAAGAUUGUGGAGGGAAGUAUCCCUUGCCACAAGGUGGCGGAAACCGCAAAGGCUCUUGCCUUUAUGGACAUCAAUCCACUCUCUCUUGGCCACGUACUUGUGAUCCCGAAGAAACACGCAGAGUUUCUGCAUGAAGUGGAGUUCGACACGGCCGCAGAUAUGGGCGCGUUAACAGCGAAGAUUUCCCGCGUUGUGGCGGCGGAGGGAAAUGGGAUGACGGCGUAUAAUGUCCUGCAGAAUAACGGUAGACUCGCACACCAGGAGGUCCCUCAUGUACACUUUCACAUUAUUCCUAAACGUAAUGGAGAUGAAGGACUUUGUGUGGGAUGGAAAACACUGCCAACAGACCAUAAGGCGUUUGCAGAAAAGGCAGAGAGCUACGUAAAGGCACUGGAGAAGUUGUGA